ACAAUUUUCGAGUAAACAGACCUGAAAUUAACUAUUGAUUUCAGUAGUACCAGAUUGUCAUUCACGAUGUACAACACAAUUUUUACGGUAGUACUUUUAACAUGUACUGCUCUUCCAGUUGUUUAUGGGGUGUUGUUUGACGAUUCCGAACCGGAUUGUUCUUUAACCAUUGGGAGUGUUUUGCUGGGGUGAAGUACGAAAUGACGUGUCCUGCAGGACUGUGGUGGCACUAGGAGAUAAGCCAGUGCGAUUAUCCUGGAGAUUUUUGCGAUUGUCCUUAGUUGGUUUAAAAUGUAAAACUGAUUCUAAUAAAAAAUUUACAUUUUGGAAUUUUAAUUUUCAAACGAAAACUUAUCAAUACAGAAACGGACACGAUGAACGAUUAGAUUACCAUCUACUAAGUAACUUAUCAAGAAACAUAUAUAAAAGGACUGCAUAGUACCGGAUCAUCAUUCAAGAUGUACAGCAAAAUUUUCACAGUAGUACUUCUAGCCUGUGCUGCUUUACCAGCAGUUUUUGGGAGUCCGUCUGACGAUUCCGGGCCGGACUGUUCCUCAGUAGAAGAUGGUACCUUUUAUCCUUACCCCGGUGACUGUACUCAGUUUUGGGAGUGCCUUGAAGGUAAGAGUAUACUCUUCAAUUGCCCCGCGGGUUUGUGGUGGCACCAAACAGUAGGCUUGUGCGACUUCCCGGGAGAUUACUGUGACGAUUCCACUGGUUCUUUGAUUAAUUUGACUUCGGAUCCUUUGUGUCCUUAUCCUUCGAAUGACAUCACGUAUUUUCCUUAUCCUGGAGACUGCACGAAGUUUUGGGAGUGUUUUGCUGGGGUGAAGUACGAAAUGGCGUGUCCUGCGGGACUCUGGUGGCACCAGGAGAUAAGCCAGUGCGAUUAUCCUGGAGAUUUUUGUCAGGAUUCGUAGUUAUGUUAAAUAAAAUGUAGGAAAUGAUGGGAAUAAAGAUGGUGUUGCAUUAAA